UGGACACCCCACAACAGGGAUGGAGCCCACAGCCCAGGCAUGUGCCCUGACCAGGAAUUGAACCUCGACCUCCUGGUUCAUAGGUCGACACUCAACCCCUGAGCCACGCUGACCGGGCUCCCUUACUCUCUGGAUCCGUGUUUCUGAAAUUGCCAGAUUUGUCCCACCCAGAAGAUGCCCCCCAGCGCCAGCGCCAUGGACUUCUUCCAGCUCUUCGUCCCCGACAACAUGCUCAAGAACAUGGUGGUGCAGACGAACCUGUACGCCAGAAAGUUCCAGGAGCGCUUCGGCAGCGACGGCACCUGGGCGGACGUGACGCUGGCCGAGAUGAAGGCCUUCCUGGGCUACAUGGUCUCCACCAGCAUCUCCCACUGCGAGUCGGUCCUCAGCAUCUGGAGCGGCGGUUUCUAUAGCAACCGGGGCCUGGCGGGCGUCAUGAGCCAGGCCCGCUUCGAGAAGAUCCUCAAGUACUUCCACGUGGUGGCCUUCCGCUCCAGCCAGGCGGCGCACGGCCUCUACAAGGUCCAGCCCUUCCUCGACGCCCUGCAGAGCAGCUUUGACGCGGCCUUCAGGCCCUCCCAGACCCAGGUGCUACACGAACCCCUGAUUGACGAGGACCCCGUGUUCAUCGCCACGUGCACGGAGCGGGAGCUGCGCAAGAGGAAAAAGCGGAAGUUCAGCCUGUGGGUCAGGCAGUGCUCGUCCACCGGCUUCAUCAUCCAGAUCUACGUCCACCUGAAGGAGGGCGCGGGCCCUGACGGGCUGGAUGCGCUGAAGAACAAGCCGCAGCUGCACGGCGCGGUGGCCCGGAACCUGUGCCGCAACGCGGCCGGCAAGAACUACAUCGUUUUCACGGGGCCCAGCAUCACCAGCCUGGCGCUGUUCGAGGAGUUUGAAAAGCAAGGGAUCUACUGCUGCGGGCUGCUCAGCUCGCGGAAGAGCGACUGCACGGGGCUGCCGCGGUCCAUGCUCGCCAGCCCCGCCACGCCGCCCGCGCGGGGCCAGCACCGCAUCCGCACCAAGGGCAGCAUGUCGCUCAUCUGCUGGUACAACAAGGGCCACUUCCGCUUCCUGACCAACGCCUACUCGCCCCUGCAGCAAGGGGUGAUCAUCAAGCGGAGGAGCGGGGAGGUCCCCUGCCCCUUGGCCGUGGAGGCGUUUGCCGCUCACCUCAGCUACAUCUGCAGAUACGACGACAAGUACAGCAAGUAUUUCAUUUCUCACAAACCCAACAAGACCUGGCAGCAGGUGUUCUGGUUCGCCGUCAGCAUCGCCGUCAACAACGCCUACAUCCUGUACAAGCUGUCGGACGCCUACCACGUGCAGAGGUACAGCCGGGCGCAGUUCGGCGAGAGACUCGUGCGGGAGCUGCUGGGCCUGGAGGACGCCUCUCCGACCCCCUGACCGGGGCUGGGCUCGGGGAAGGACCAGGUGUGGGGGGGAGAGCCUGCCGUCGACCUGCCCGCCCGGAGCCUGGGGAUGCGGUGCAAGGAGGGGGCACCACACCCUGACUCCACACGCCACGUGCCACCAGGCCGCCGCCAGUCCAGGUCUCAGCCGGCGUGCCAUCCUCGAUGCCCGCGGAGCCUGCAGGGGCCUCAGCUCAGCACCACGGACCGGGAGGGCUGGUGCCCCAGAGGUGCCAGGGGCAGGACGAGCCGCGGCCCGUUGCUGGAAGCGCCCGCUCUGUAAAGACGUAGAGACGUGUGUGGCCUGGUUCACUCGUGCCGUGUGGACGUGACCUCAGCCAGCGGGAUGGGCUGUGCGCGGCUGAGGUCGGUCGGUGCGCGGAGAAGACGGGUUUUCCGGAUCCGCCUCGUGGAGGAGGAAACAAACGGGGCGUCCGUCAAGUGCGGGCAUGAGGAGGCCUCCCUGCUCCGGCGUCCGUGUGGCCGGGCACGGGGAGGGGAGGGGCACGCCCACAGGCGCGGUGAAUGAAGUGUGACGCUAUUUUUUAUUUUUAAAUAUAUCUUCAGGUUAUUUUCUUACUGUUGCUUAAGGUCGUCUGUAAAAGGAAGAUGUCUCCCUUCUUUCCCAUUCCCCCCCUUGCCUCACCCGGUCCCGGCUCGAUCCCAGGUCUGGGUUCUGUGCCCGGUGCCCGUGCUCGGGCCAGAGAGGGAGCUCGUUCCGGAACAGAUGGGGUUGCCUCCCCCAGGGACCCGGGGGGCCUGCGGGCCUCUCGAGUGUCAUUGGCGGGAUGACUGGUCUUGACAAACACGCAGCAUCGCUGAGACAGACAGACGUCCCCGGACGGCCACUGGCUACGUCUCGGCCCACGUGGGCCAGUGCUUGCCUGUCUCAGGUGGCACAUGGGAUGGGGGGUGGGUGCUGGCUCGGCUGUGAUCUCCCGAGGGGCCGGGGCCGGACACGAAGACAGGACAAGCAGCGGGCAGCCAGGGCCCACUGUCCCCCAGAACAUCAGCCAGAGCGGCCGACAGGCUGCCGUCCCCAGUCCCUUCUGGAGCCGCGUGCUCCCCUCCCGCCCGACGGACGAGCCCUCACGUUCACAAACGCAGAAUCUGUUCUCCUCGGGCCCGGGACGCUCCGUGCGCACACCCAUCCGUUACGUGUGCUGGCAGCAUGCCCACCUCCGUGCCCCCCCCCGUGCCCCCGUGUCCUCGGCUCGCGAUGACCACCUCGCCCCUGGUGUCCACUCAGGGCCACGACCGCGGCCGGAUUCUCAAUCGUGUUUCCAGACGCCUUUGCCGCGCCCUGUACACAGAGCGAGAGCACUUUGACCACGUGGAGAAUCUAUUUUUCAUUUGUGAUGCUUUUUCUACAAGGUCCACUGUCUUCUGAGCUGAAUGUGUUCCCCGAACUUAGGGAGUCUCGAAUGCAGGCUGGGGAGUUGAGUUUUCUUUUCUGUCCAAAUAAGUAAAAGGAAAAAAUAAAGUCUAUUUAGAUGUUGA